AUGCUGCCACAACCAGACGCAGAAACACUAGCACGGAACCCUCAAUUCGCAAUACUAUGGAAAGACCUGACGACCAACAAAAUAACCAGAGAAGGAGUUUCCAAAACCGUUGCUCUGGACAGAGAAACAGUGGCGACGAGAGAGUUGCUCAAAAGCAAGCAAAUCGAAUGGGCGAAAAGAGAAGUGCUCAUAGAUGCGGUGAGGGCUGUUGCGUUUGGAGAGGGUGAGGGAGGGUUGAUUGGCGAGUUGAGAGAAACUGCACAGAUUGUUUCUGCACAACUGGAUGGGAAAUUAGAUCCUCAAGACAAGGAUAUCGUCCAAGUCGAGGUCGAGGAAUUCAUGUCCAACAUCGAGACCGUCAGAGCGACGGUGGAAACACACAUGGAGCAAAAUGUCAUGCUGCUAUGUCAAAUACUGGGUACGUCUCGUAUAUGCAGAAAAGGAGAGGGUAUCAUUGAAAAGUAUGGAGCUAUGCUAAUUUCAUAUCUGUACAAAAACANNGAUCCAACACAACAGCAGCCAGACCCUUCGACACUUCCAGCACGAGUCGAGACAUUGCAGAAACAGGUCGAAGAAGCGAAUUGGCAGCUUGGUGUCCAACGUAUCGAGCUCACAAGCACACUGACUCAACUCCUCAAGACCAAUGCGCAACUGCUACAAACAGCAAUUCGGAUACUGGAGCAGGUGAUGCAUGGCAGUGUAGGACGACACACUCGGGCGCGAGCCGAACACCUUGCGACAGUCGCGCAAGGAUUGGAGAAGCGAUUGCUGGUUGCAAGGAAGACGGUGGCGGGGCAGGUCUACGAUGGAAGAGCCGAAGAGCAACUCGUGCGCAAGAAGGAAGAGUUGGAUGCUCGAAGUGUGGGACUACGCAGGAGACUCAGGGAUCGCGAGCAGUGGCUGGAGCGACUCGAGGGAGUUGCAGGACUUAGGGAGGCGGUCGAAGAGAUAUCGAGGAUGAAGAGCGAGAUAUCCAGAGUGAGGGAGGAAGUCGGACGAUUGGAGAGAGGAGGGUAG